UCCACCUCGCACACAAACCCACCCCCAUACAAUACACCAUCCCAAGCCAGACCAAGCACCUUUCCAACAUUCCUCAACUUCAAAACGCCGCAACGUGCCAACGUCUCUUCCCCGUAUUGCAUGCCUCGCACUUAACCAUAUCUCAACGGCAUUCGACUGAACACGGCAAGCAGCUGAAGACGAAGCGAGGAGGCUCGUUUGAGGGAGAAGCGGCGAUAUCAAUAUCGGCAGUAUUCCUCCACCGCAACAAGAAACAAGCAGCAUACACACACAACCCGGGAAACAUCGCAUAAAAGCACAAACCACUCAAGUCUCCCCAACAACCCCCCCUUCCACCCCCAGACGAGCGCACGCACCGGCCCCCGGUAUCUAUCUUAACCCAUCAUCACAUCAACCCAUCUCGCAAACACGCACGAGGGGUCACGCCGCGGAACGACCUCCCUCGUCAUCGCAUCACAGCAUCUCAAACACAGCUCGAGCCUGCCGCAUUAUGGCGUCCUCAUACCAAUACCGCAACUCAUACCACAACUCGUCUCAGAACAUUAGCGAAAAGUACGACGACGGCCGCCCGGCCACUUCCCGCCGCAACACGCGCCUUAGGAGUAGCGACGGCACCGUCAGCACCACAAUGAGCUCUUCAACAGGCCGCGAGAGCGCCGCAACCCACGUCACCGAAGGUCCUGCCUAUUCCAAGAAGAUUGUCGUCGUCGGCGACGGCGGCUGCGGAAAGACAUGUCUCCUCAUCAGUUACAGCCAAGGCUACUUUCCAGAGAAAUACGUCCCCACUGUAUUCGAGAACUACAUCACCUACCCAACGCACCCACCGUCCGGCAAGACGGUGGAAUUGGCGCUAUGGGACACGGCCGGCCAGGAGGAAUAUGACCGACUGCGACCGCUCUCUUACCCCGAGACCGACUUGAUCUUUGUGUGUUUUGCGAUUGACUGCCCAAACUCGCUUGAAAACGUCAUGGACAAGUGGUAUCCCGAAGUCCUCCACUUCUGCCCCUACACUCCUCUAGUUCUCGUGGGCCUCAAGUCCGAUCUCCGCUUCAAGAAAACGUGCAUCGACAUGCUCAAGACACAAGGCCUCACGCCCGUGACCCAGGAGCAAGGCCGUGCUGUUGCUCGCAAGAUGGGCGCCCAGUACGUUGAGUGCAGCAGCAAGGAGAUGACUGGUGUGGACGAGAUCUUUGAACAGGCCAUCCUGACGGUCGUCGCCAAUGAUCGGAAAAACCAGGAAGCCCAAGCUGCCGCCUCCCCGUCAACACCCAGUGGUCCGCCUGGAAGCAGUGCAGGUUUCCCUGGCGUCGCUCUUAAGAAGAAGAAGAAGAGGAAUUGCAAGAUCCUGUGAAACUCCUACUGAGGACCUCGGGGUUGUAACGAAGAGGCAAUGGACACCGGCGGAGGGCGUAAUGAAUGACUUUUUGUUUUAUCUGCAUGAUCUCGUCACGACCUGCUACUAUUACGAUCUGGAGAAAGCAUGCGCCACCAUUAGCGAAGGGGGGGCGUCUCCUGCUCUAGGGCUGGAUGAACUCUAGACCGGAGACGAAGUUUUCCCUCCACCAGGGAUGUUGGGAGAGAGAAUCUCUUCUUGUUGUUUGAUGAAGAAGAACGAAUGGUAUAUAAGUGGGAAACGAAACAAAGGGAGUGGGAGGGAAAGUGAGUGGUUUUCUCAUCCGAGUCCCUAGACUCAUCCAUACCCUUUAUUGUUUACGCCAAACAAACACACACACACACACAC